AGUGGGUCAGUAGUUUGUCAGUUGGCACGUUCGAGUUUGUUUGGUUGCGUCGACUACACACAAAAUUGCUCUGCCAAAAAAAGAUGUCGUAUAUGAAGUCAGAGACCCAGCUGAGGCACUUCAUCACGCGCAGCAGCUAUGAGGGCGCCUGGGACAAGCUGGUGAACGUGAUGGACGGAUUCGGGAGCUACCGCUAUCCGGAUGGGAGCGAGUACCGCGGCCGUUUCCAUCAGGGCCAGUUCCAUGGCUACGGGCAUUUGCGGCUGGCCCAGCCGUACCGCUUCACGGUCAAGGGCGAGUUCGAGCACGGUCGUCUGGUGACAGUGGACGACAUGUGGUUCUCCGACGGCCUGCAUGUCGAGGGCCGCUUCGACGGGAUGAGGCUGGAGUGCGAUGACUGGGACUACCUGACGCCCGGCGAUCGGCGCUAUUACAACGAACGCCGCUAUGGCCAACAGCCGGUGGGACCCACCGCCUUUAUAACGGGCAAAAUGCUGCCGCGCGACAUCCCGCCGCACUGCUACGACGUCGAGGAGGGCCUGUUCAACAGUAAGACCAGCUGGCUGACGGACCGACCUGGUCCCUUCCGCGGCUCCAUGUACGUGAGCUGCAAGAGGGAUGCGGAUUGGAUCAAGCGAAAUUGCCGGAAGGCUCGGACUCCGUACGUUAGUGAGCCGUCGGCGAGCUUUUGCCGGCGCAUUAUAGCCAACAACUUGGCCACGGAGCGAUCAGAGAUGCGCCGCACCGCCAUAUAUGCGCCCAAUGAGGAGGUCAAUCGGGAGCGUUACUACCACAAGCUGACCAAACAGCGGGGCCAUUCGAAGCCGCCGCUGCGGACCGCUUCGCCGCCGUCACUGCCAGCGGAUGAUCCCGCCUACGAAACGGAGAUGUGUGUGCGUGCCUACGCCAGGAUGCUGGACAAGCAGAAGCGGGAUCAGCAGGAGUACAAGAAGCUUCAUCCUUGCGCCAAAAUGGAGGGAGUGAAGGGGCCACGCGAAUGGACGAGCACCUCGGAUGUGCGCAAUCCGGAGUCAGGAGGGGCCUCCAGUUGCCAGUCGGAGAGUUUCGGGGAGGAUUCGCUGCCCGUUAACGUCCAGGAUGCCUAUCGCUCGGCCCUCACAAUGAUGCAGAAGCGGCCGGCGGACAACAUCAACGUGGUGCAGUCCAAUCUGAUUCGCCACAAUAGCUACAUGGACAUGACGCGGUCCAUCUUUGAGUUGUAGAUCUACGUUUUAAUUGGUCUGUUCGCAGUUCAAAUUUAUGUUAUCAACGUUGUAACCGUAAAAUAAAAUUCAAACGGUAACUAGUUA